AUGGCCACCGUGCAAGAAGCCCUGGACGCGUUGGGCGUGAAGACAAUAGCUGAUCUCGUAUCGGAUAUCCUAAUGCGGGAGGCUUUCCUUGGGCCAUGGGCAGUCUACCGAGAUACCUGUUUCUGGGACUCACGCUAUGAGCCAUGGAGAGACCCUCUAGGAAUGAAGCCGUUUGUCGCAAUGGUCAUGAAGGCGUUCGAGGAAGGCGUAUCUCAAAGCGACUGCAAGGACACAAAGGACUCCUUAGACAUUGAAUACCAUCAAUCGCUGCUAUUCUCAUCGCUUCUACGCAACCUUAUGCAGCAAGGCGAGUUCUUUCAUGGCAAAACAGGCCAUGAGGAGAGCUACCCUGGACUGAUCAAGGCACUGAGGAAACUCACUACAGGGGUUUUGGUAAAGCACUACAGAGACAACCGCGGACUUGGAGUGAUCGUCGAACGGGCGAGACCUUCAAAGAUCCACCUCGAACGAUCGUUGUUACUCUGCAAAGGCCAUGCAUCAAUACCGAAAGAAGCACCCAAGGAGAAAGGCAAAUCAAAGCUGAAAGCACGCGGGCACAGCUCUAGAAUCGAUAAUGAUCAACAACAAGAUGACGCUGGCGCAGUCAUUCGCUGUAUCUGUAAACGUAAGGGUGAUGAUGGGGAGAUGAUCCAGUGCGACAAGUGCGACGUUUGGCAGCACACGGACUGCAUGGGGCUUCGAGGGCAGGAUUGGGAAACAAAGGCAUAUUAUUGCGAGCAGUGCUGUGUGGACUCGGACCCGAGCGCUCCAGACGGAGAGACGACUAUCACGGCGAUCACGGGCCAGGACGCCCAGGCUCCGUCGCUCUUGACUCCAGAAACGGUCUCGCCGCCCAAAGAAGCCUUGAACAACACAUCCGUUGUCCUCAAACAUGAUUCCGCAAGGCCCCAGUCGCAAACCGAGCCCGGAAACAAUCCCCUUCCCCGCACAGGCAGCGAUACCGACAGUUCUCCCUCCUCCAACCCGCUAUUGCUUCUAGCUGCUGCCGCCUCGCAAGCGACUCCGAUAGCUCUUGAGGAGAAUGCAGGAGAUUCGCAACCGGUCCUAUGCUACCAUUGUGGGGCUAGCGAACACGCUGCUCGUGAUUGUCAGGACCCAUCCGUGACGUGCAGCCUUUGUGACAUGGUCGGCCACAUUUCUAAUCAUUGUCCAAGAAGCGCAUUGACUGGGGGCCUGGCUGCUGCACCUCAAGAGAACCCACCCGGUGCUCCGCAGUUCAUAGAAUUCGAGCCAGAGAUUUGGACUCCAACUUUCCUGGAUCCUCAUGCAACAUCAAUUACAAGGGGAGGUUUGUCAACUCAAGCCCAAACACAAGCAUACGGUACCGACGAGUUGGCAGCCAGGCCAGCUUCUGCGCCGCCAGCUCAGCCGCCUCUCAGAACGCAGCUAGAAAAUGUGGAGAAAGACAUGGGCAUAAGGGCGCCGCUAGGGUCUAGCAGUGGUGCUGCCAACAGUUCCAGCCUAGCAUUCCCUCCACGGGGUCGUGUCUUGGGGAGGUCUUUAAAGCGGCGGAAGGGUGCCUUGGCAGUGCGCGUUCCAGCUUCAAAUGAACUCGGCGACGAACAGGAAACGAUCAUGGUAGAGCACAACGGGAAGCGGAAGCAGUUCCUCAAGUCGAUGGGCUCGCUGAGGACAGCCGAUCCUCAGAUCUAUUACUCCAGUAGCGAUUAUGCGACUGAGGCUGCUCGCCGACUGCAACUUUCGGAAGUACCUCAAGCAUGGGACAACAACGCUCGUGAUAUCGUCCAGGACACGACGGGUUCAUCUCCCACGGGCAUCACUCAAGGUGGUUCUGAUGUGAGAGGUGUCCUACCUACGUCAGAUCAGGGUAGCUCACCGCAUCCCACACUCAGGGAUUCAAGCGCUGCUAACAGGCCUGCUACUGUUGGGGUGAGUGAUUAUCAGCAGACCUCUAUGCUUCAGUCUCGGUCACCUAGACUUCUUCGCCCUCUCACAUCGCAUGAGGUUGCUACAAGCUUGCUCAAUCGGCCCUCUCCCUCUACAACUCGAUUUCCCACAGUCAACGUUCCAGACCGAGUUUCAGCAGUCAACCAGGGAGCUUCAUCUCCAGCCGCUGGUCAAUCUCCACAAUCCGGAAGCCAGCCUACAUCAAUCGGGCACAAAGACCAACCACAGUCCAAUUCUAAUUUGGUACCUACCGUCAACUCGACUGGCGGUCCGUCAAAACCGGCUGGGCUCCAUCCUUUCGAGAGAUCUCUAUUGAGCGUCAACCGUCGUGCUAUUGGUCAGCCGCGUACAUUGUCUCACGGCCCACCCGUUGCUGAAGAGGCCUCCACGACUCCUCAGUAUUCAAUGCAGUACAGCACCUCAGGACGCCCCUCAACUCAUCAGUCGCCAACGCAGCGCAACUCGGCACCCGAUCAAGUUCCGAUGCAGCAGCACGAGCAGAUAAUAUUCGUCACUCGUCGGGGACCAAUCAUGGAUCGACGACAGCAUCCCGUUCCAGAUAUCAACAUCACGGGACAGGCACAGGGACUUCCAGGAGUUUCUGGACCAGCAGGUGCAGAAGGAGAACGCCAACCUACCCACACGGUUACAGUAUACCAUGUGAGGGGACCCCCACCCAAUCCCACACCAGGCCGAUCAAACAUUGUCCGCACCCCCAGCCGUACCAUAUCUCCCCGGGGUCAGUUCUGGGCGAACCAGCUCCGCCUCUUGUACGCUAAGCAGCUCCGGAUUGGUCGUCUUUGCCGGGCAAUUGCGCGGGGGGACAGUGUACCCCAGAACUAUGCGCUGCUCAAGAUCACGAAGCGGGAAUACGUGGACUUGAGAACCGAGAUUCUGGGCUACAACAGUUACCAUAUGACUAAGUGCAUCGAGGAUGACUUCCCGCUGCCUUCUAGGAGAGCGGUGGAGACGGACUGGGUAGAGAAGACGUGGGUGUGA